AUGGCGUCGCUGUCGAUCGCUUCACUGAUUUCUUUCUUCUCGGAAGAAAAGAAGUCUAUCAGAAAAGGAGAAAACCACUACAAAUCAGAUCAUGUGAAGUCACUUUUGUAUCAACAAGGUGUUUUACGCGGGGAAGUGCAGGCAAGCAUGAAAAAGAAGGUCUAUAAAGUCACGGUGAAUUAACUCAAACUUAGCUAACAUCUUCUAUUAAAAUCACUCAACAGAGCUCAAGAUUUAGUCCGAUUUACAGUUCUGUUUUAGGUAGAUUUGUUUGGUUCUUUCACUUCUUUGCAUGAUUAGAGAUGGUAAAGGCGAUCUUAGCCGCCAAAUUCCUACUUACCAUAUUUUCAAACGUAAUGGCAACUGAACAAACAUUUUUGUAGUGAUUUGUUUACUUCAUAGCGUGGUUUUAACGCAGCACAUAGUUGUUAUCAUUUGGAACCACCUGAAUCCAAUUCAUUGGUAUGAUGUUCUUUCCUUGUUUUCUUUUCCUAGAUUUACUUGGAUGAGCAACACGAAAUUAAGUUGUCUGACUGUGAAUGCCCAAGAGGAGCAUUUAAGUGUAGCCAUGCAGCUGCACUCUUUAUACACGGCAUCCAUAAUCUAAGCAGAACUGACGUUGAGUGUCAGUGGAGGAAAAGGAUAUCGAACACAUCGCUCUCAGCUCAAGCUGUGACAGAAAUGUUCCCUCCACCUUAG